AUGCUAUUGGAACUACUGGUUCUGCAACCUACUACAAUCCUCCCUAUACCCCUUCUGCCUGCUUUGGGGGGGAGAGACAGCGGCCCUAUCGUUGCAGCUGCAAGCUACAUGCUCUAUAACCGCCGAGCUAUUUGUGGGAGGAGAUACAAGGUUACAUGCCUAACUGCAGCAUACAGUAAGGGUCGGAAUCCAUGCAAAGCCAAUAAUGUGGUGUACGUGACCGUCGUCGACCUCUGCCCCGGCUGUCAAGCCCAACAACUUGACUUGUCUAGAGAAGCAUUCGCAUCCAUUGCCGGUUUAGGAGCAGGAAGGAUUAAGAUAUACUUUCAGCCAGUGUGA